UUAUAAAUAAACUCUUUUUAGAAAAAGAAACAGAAAACAUAAAAACAACUCUCGGCAAAAUCAGAAGUCAAGAGGUCACACCUUCGCCGGAGCGCUCGCAGCAACCUCAUCGGAGCUCGAUUUCUUCAUCCGUCAUACUCUCAAAAAGCAUUUGCAGUGUGAGCUGAAACAAAAAUGGCAACUGCACCUGCUCAAAUUCCUACAAGCUUUGGACAUGAAUUGAGGGCCUGUCUUCGUUGCCGCCUUGUCAAAACCUACGAUCAGUUUAGAGAGUCAGGGUGUGAGAACUGCCCAUUUUUACAGAUGGAAGAAGAACAAGAUCGUGCUGUUGAAUGCACUACCCCCAAUUUUAAUGGGGUCAUUUCAGUAAUGGAUCCAACUCGAAGCUGGGCUGCCCGCUGGUUGCGCAUUGGAAAAUUUGUUCCUGGUGUUUACACUCUUGCUGUCUCAGAGGCUCUUUCAGAAGAGAUGCAGGCUAUUUGUGAAGAUAAGCAUGUGCAAUAUAUGCCUCCCAGACGUUAGUGAAACAAGUAAUUGUUGGCUUUGUGACAUCUCUAACAUGGUUGGAACUGAGUCUGUAAUGUAUUGAUGUGGAUUUUAUUGCUAGUUUUGUUCAAAAAUGCAUUCUUGAAAUGCUUUGUUAAAAUUCUCUAAACAGAUAUUAAUUAGUGUGUACAUUAGAAGAGGUCAUGUAUCUAGUAUGAUACAGGCUUCCUUUUGAACGAUGUGUUGUUGGCCAAAACAAUUUAUCAAACUACUAUAAUUUGCACGGUGAA